AUGAAAAAGGAAGAGAUUUCUCGACACAAUUCGCUCAAGGACUUGUACACCAAGCAAAGGAAACAAGUUCAAAGUCUUGCGGACAUUUUCUGGAAGAGGUGGAGACAGGAAUACCUGGUGAUCUUCCAGCCAUGCAAGAAAUGGCAAGAUGACAAGCCCAAUUUACAAGUUGGAGACUUUGUCCUACUGAAAGACUCUCAGGCCCACAGGAACGAGUGGCCUAUUGGACUCAUUGUGGGGACUGAUCCUAGUAGUGAUGCUAGAAUCCCAGUAUCCCGGUGCUCAGACCCUUGUUUACCUGGAAGCCGGAAAAAGGUGGGAAAAUCAAUCCAUACCUGCUGCUAUGACUGCGUCCCAUGUUCAGAAGGAGAGAUCUCUAAUAUAACUGACUCUGAGAACUGCAUGAAAUGCCAAAGUGAUGAAUGGCCAAAUCAGAAGAGAGACCGAUGCCUGCCCAAAGUCAUGGAUUUCAUCUCUUACCAGAAUGACACAAUGGCUUCUGUGUUCUCAUGUGUCUCCAUCUUCGGAUGUCUUGUGACUGGCUCCAUAUUUAAGAUAUUUAUUUCUUACCGGGACAUUCCUAUUGUUAAAGCUAAUAACCGGAACCUGAGUUAUCUCCUCCUGGUCUCCAUCCUCCUCAGCUUCCUCUCUGUCUUCUUGUUUCUUGGUUGUCCCAGUGAUGUCACUUGUAGAUUACGUGAAACCAGUUUUGGAGUCUUCUUCUCUGUCGCCGUCUCUUCGCUUCUCGCCAAGACCAUUAUGGUUUGUGUUGCUUUUAAGUCCACCAAGCCUGGAAGUCCCUGGAGAAAAUGGCUGAGUGUGAAGUUGCCCUAUACCAUAGUGUUGUUGUUUUCUUCCAUUCAAGUUGGAAUCUGUGUUAUCUGGUUGUCUAUCUCUCCCCCAUUCCAGGACCUGGACACUCAGUCUUAUCCUGGGAAGAUCAUCAUUCAGUGUAAUACAGGUUCAGAUAUCUGGUUCUACUCCAUGUUGGGUUAUCUGGGGUUCCUGGCAGCGGUGAGCUUUGUUUUGGCUUUCAUGGUGAGGACAUUACCGGACACUUUCAAUGAAGCCAAGUACAUCACCUUCAGCAUGCUGCUGUUCUGCAGUGUCUGGAUCGCCAUGAUCCCGGCUUAUCUGAGCACCACAGGGAAAUCCAUGGUGGCUACGGAGAUCUUUGCAGUAAUGGCGUCCAGUGCUGGACUUUUAGGGUGUGUGUUUUUCCCAAAAUGUUUUAUCAUUUUAUAUAAAUCUGAAAUUAAUAGAAAAACGGAUCUGCUGGGGAAAAGGAAGGAAUGA